GACCAGUUGCCCAUCCCUGUCCUAAGGAAUAUACAUGAUAAGAUACAUUUAUAGCAUCUAAUAAUACCUACUGCCCCCCCCUCCCCCCUCCUCCCAUGUGUAUAUAUUAACCUGAACGAAAGUUAUACAAACCCCUGUGACUAGGUCAAAAUGAAACCCCUACAAAUAAAACAAAUUAGACCAAGAAAAUGUGCAUAACCAGGGCAGGAUUGUAAUAUUAUUGCUGAUUUAUAUUAUGCGAUACGAAAAUCGCAGCACUGUAUGAGGAAAGAAAUGUGAUGUCCGAUAUGUUUCGAUCUUGUGAUAAUGCUACGACAUUUGAUAGAUAAACUAAUACUAAAUAAUCCGUAUUAGCUUUAGCUGUAAAUUCAGAAUUUUGCCAUGUGUUUAUUGCGAAAGAUUAUACUGAGAUAACAUUAGAAUAGUACCUGAUGGAUGGAUAAAUAGAAGUUUAUCCUAUUAACCUGGUAGCAGACCCGCAAAACUUUGUGUACAAUUAUAUUUGAUCGUUAUAUUUGUAUGUUUCUUUGUGGUUUUGAGAAAUUAUGAUCUAAAUUCAGUGUGGCAUGGGAAAAGCUAAAAAAAAAAAAGACCAAUUGUCACUGGACGGAUUAAUAAAGUUUUUUGGAAUGCAUUUAAAUUCAACUUUAUAGAUAUAAAAAAAUAUAUAUCUUAUUUUGAUAGGUACAGGAAGUGUACUUUCCUCUUUAGUCUAACUUGACUGUGAUGGGAUGUAAAUGUACGUGUUAGCUUGGAGCAGACCUUCAGGUGUGUUUUGUUAAAGCAGGUGUCUGUGGAAACGCACAAAUGAUCUUCACAACAGUCUGGCCUGAAGAGAACCAACACACAGAGACGACCCAGAGCUGCAGAUGGAGAAUGGAGACCUGGGUCACAUGAUGGGGGAGCCAGUGAGUCUGAAUGUGGGCGGCUGUGUUUACAGCACGUCCCGGUCCACGCUGCUGCGCUACCCAGACUCCAUACUGGGAGCCAUGUUCAGAGGGGACAUCCCCACUGUGAGGGACGCACGCGGGAACUACUUCAUCGACCGCGACGGCCAGCUGUUCCGCUACAUCCUGAACUUCCUGCGCACAUCAGAGCUCACACUACCGUGCGACUUCAAGGAGACUGAGCUGCUCAGGAAGGAGGCUGACUUUUAUCAGAUUGAGCCCCUGAUGCAGUGCCUGGGAGACCCCAAACCACUGUUGCCUUAUCCCACCAACACCUACGAGGAGGUGGUGGAGCUUUCCAGCACCAGGAAGCUGUCCAAGUACUCCAACCCUGUCGCCGUCAUCAUCACCCAGCUCACCAUCACUACCAAGAUCCGUGCUGUUUUGGAGUCCAUCUCUAGCGGUUUCCCAAAGUGGAACAAACACAUGAUGGACACCAGAGACUACCAGGUGUCUUUCACCUUCGGACCAUGUGACCACCAACAGGAAGUCAGCCUGCGUGUCCACUUGCUUGACUUCAUCUCCCAAGCUGGUUUCACGAUACGUAACACACGUGUUCACCACAUGAGCGAGCGAGCCAAUGAGAACACAGUGGAGCACCAUUGGACGUUCUGCAGACCAACUCACAAAGUCAGAGACUGAUGUAUGAACUCGUGGAUGGACAGACAGACGAUGUCAUGUCAUGAGUAUAUGCAGACAGAGUGGUCUACACUCCCUCCCGCCCACUACGCUCUGCCAAUGAAAGGCGUCUGAUCCAACCUUCACAACAGGGUCCUAA